UCUAAGUUGUUUUUUGCUCAGAGAGAAGCUGCUUUGCAGAGAUUGGGGGUUCUCUCUGGAGGUUUUUUCUUGUUUGUCUGUUGUUAUACCUGGCUUGUGCAGUUAUUUGUGGUUUUGUGAACCCACAAAUUAGUUAUUUAGUUAGUAUAGUUGUUUUUAGAAAAAGAUAGCGAGAGCAUGGUAUAUUUUAAUGGACUAUUUUGUUUUUUUGAACCAGUUCGUGGGGGAAAUACAUGAAAAGUUUGACCCCAUUAUUGUAUUUUGGCAGUAGCGAUAUAGUGAAAUAGAUUACUUAAUUGUUACACUGAAUAUUUCGCUAUGUUGUUAUUAGAAAACCAGGUCAGUCUUAGUGUCUUCACCUCUGUUACGGACUCAUCCGACGAACCAAUUCAAGCUGCGGUUCCUCCGUCCGUAGAGCUCGGGCUCACCAUUGUGUAUACGAUCCUGUACUCGCUCCUUUUUGUGUUUGUUUACUUGCAACUUUGGCUGAUUUUGCACUACGGACACAAGCGCUUCAGCUACCAGAGUGUCUUUCUAUUUCUCUGUUUGCUGUGGUCGGCGCUAAGGACUACAUUAUUUUCAUUCUACUUCAAGAACGUUGUUCAAGCAAACCAGUUGCAGCCGUUGCCUUACUGGCUUCUGUACUGUUUCCCCAUAUGCCUGCAAUUCUUCACGCUAUGUUUGCUGAAUCUUUACUUUGCACAGGUCAUGUUUAAAGCCAAAGCGAAAUAUUCACCAGAACUCAACAAAUACAAAGUGCCCAUGCGCCUGGCCUUCCUCAUCGCCAGCUUCUUCUUCCUGGUGGUGAACGUGACGUGUGCCAUGCUGGUGCAGGGGGGCGAGGGGGGCGAGGUGGAGGUGAGGCGGGCGGUGCUGGCGCGGGUCCUGGUUAACGACAGCCUCUUCGUCCUCUGUGCCGUCUCUCUCGCCGUCUGCAUCUUCAAGAUCGCCAAGAUGUCUUCUGCCAACGUCUACCUGGAGUCCAAGGGAACGUCCGUGUGCCAGGCCACAGCCAUCGGUGCAGCGGUCAUCUUGCUCUACACCUCCAGGGCCUGCUACAACCUGGUGGUGGUGGCUCUGGCCCCUGAGGACAGGCCCAGCCCCUUCAACUACGGCUGGUACAACAUCUCUGACCAGGCAGAUGUGGAGAAAAUUAGGGGAGAAGCGUACAUCAUCUUUGGCAUCAUCCUGUUCUUUUGGGAGCUGCUUCCUACCAGCCUGGUGGUGGUCUUCUUCAGGGUCCAGAGGCCCAACCAGAACCUGGCUCCAGGAGGAAUGAUCAACAGCCACAGCUUCAGUUCCAGGGCCUACUUCUUCGACAACCCGCGGAGGUACGACAGCGAUGACGACCUCUCCCGGAGUGCCAUCACCCGGGCGGAGCGCGGCAGCAGUGUCCUGUCCUCCACGCCCCAGCUAGGCCCCAGCUGGUACGGCUCCAUCCAGAGGAACGGCAGUCUGACGGGGGUUCCCCACCUCCUGGGUGGCCCCCAGGCCUCCACUGCUCCUCUCCUGCUGGCCUACGGAAACAUCCAGACCAACCACCACAACUACUACUCCACCCCUCAGAAUCACUACUGCACCCCUCAGAUCUAACCCAACACCCCGCACCCCCGUCCCACUCCACCCGACUGACCCCCCCCCCCCCCC